CGAACGCGGGAUGUGGGCCCUACGGGCCGCCGUCCGCCCGGGGACCUGGCUCUCUCGCGUGGUUCUCGGCCGCGGGGCUCCGAGAGCUGCGCUGCCGCUGCCGGCCUGCCUCCAUCGCGCGCUCGCCGCCUUCGGCCCCGGGGGCCUCAAGGGGCGAGGAGGUGGAGGACGGGGCCCACGAGCUGAUGGCCCGAGAAGCCGAGCGGGAGAGGAGGAGGAGCCAGAAGAUGCGGAGGAGGAGGAAGCGGAGGAGGAGGAGCUAUUGAGGAGGGACCCUUUGCUGCCAGUGGGGACCCAGCGCGUGUGCCUGAUUCACCCUGAGGUCAAGCGGGGACCGGGGAAGCCGCAGCUGACCCGAGCUGAGUGGCAGGUGGCAGAGGCAGAAGCACUGGUCCACACACUGGGUGGCUGGUCAGUGGCGGACAGGAUGGUGGUACCCAGCAAAACACCAGAUGGGAAGCUCAUCUUCGGCAGAGGGACCUUAGAGAACCUGACAGAGAAAAUCAGAGGGUCGCCAGACAUCACAGCGGUCUUUCUGAAUGUGGAGAGGCUGGCCACGCCUACCAAGAAGGACCUGGAAGCCGCCUGGGGUGUGCAGGUGUUGGACCGAUUCACGGUCGUCCUCCACAUUUUCCGCUGCAAUGCCCGGACCAGGGAAGCGCGGCUGCAGGUGGCCCUGGCCGAGCUCCCCCUUCUCAGGUCCCAGCUGAAAAGCAGCAUUGCCCACCCGGAUGGACGAGGAGGGGGCUCGCGCUACAUCAUGGGGUCAGGAGAAUCGUUCAUGCAGCUGCAACAGCGCCUCUUGAAGGAAAAGGAGAUAAAGAUCCGGAAGGCCCUGGAGAGACUGAGGAAGAAAAGGCGUCUCCUGGGGAAGCAGCGGAGGCGGCAGGAGUUUCCUGUGAUCUCUGUGGUGGGAUACACAAACUGCGGAAAAACCACGCUGAUUAAGGCCCUGACAGACGACGAUGCUGUCCAGCCCCGGGAUCAGCUGUUUGCGACACUGGACGUCACAGCCCAUGCUGGGUGGCUGCCCUCCCGCAUGGCUGUCAUUUACAUGGACACCAUCGGCUUCCUCUCCCAGCUGCCCCACAGCCUGAUUGAGUCCUUCUCCGCUACCUUGGAAGAUGUGGCUCAUUCAGAUCUGAUCGUCCACGUGAGAGACGUGAGCCACCCUGAGACGGAGCUGCAGAAAGCCAGCGUUCUGUCCACCCUGCGCGGCCUACACCUGCCCGCCCCGCUCCUGGACUCCGUGCUGGAAGUUCAUAACAAGGUGGACCUGGUGCCCGGGUGUAGCCCGGCGGGACCACAGGCUGUCGCCGUGUCCGCUCUCCUGGGGCACGGGCUCCCGGAGCUGAGAGCCCGGCUGGAAGACGCCGUUCUGAGAGCCACGGGAAGACAGGUCCUCACCCUCCGGGUCCGGCUGGCGGGCACGCAGCUGAGCUGGCUGCAUCGGGAGGCCACGGUGCAGGAGGUGGACGUGAUUCCCGAGGCCGGCGUGGCUGACGUCAGGGUCGUCAUCAGCAGCUCCGCCUACGGCAAGUUCAGGAAGCUCUUCCCCGAGUGAGUGGACACUGUGUGGGUUCAGCCGUCCACUGAAGCGGCCGCCGUCCCCUCCGUGGCUGCUCAGGGUGGAAGGGCUGGUGGCUGCCUGCUGUGGCUGGAAGUCAAAGCUCAGCUUGCAGGUGGACUGAGCGGUUCUGGUUCCUGGGGGAUCGAGCAUGCUUCGUGAGAGCUGGCGUCCCUCCCACAGCGUUUCGGCUACAAGAUAUUCAAAGCUCUGCUCAUGUUUGUAGACCAGUCUUCCUGCUGCUUCCGUGUGUGGGCCGCCCUGCGGAGGUCCUGCCCGUGGUGGCCGUGAGAGGGCCAGUUGGGGUUUCCCCAUCUGCUGUGUGUCACAGACUCACAGCUGCUCCCCACGGAGCGUCCUGGACAUUGUGACAGUCUCCCGGCCACCCAGAAGUCUCUCUGCACGGGUCGAGGAGAAAACAUGGUGCGUCACUGAAUCAGCACAAAGCCGGGAUGCUCCACGCUCACAGGCAGCCGGCUCCGACGAGGGAGAGACAGGAGGGACCUCGCCUUCCCCACGGCCUGUCACGGACCUGGGCUGUCUUCACCGCAGGUCCCAGGACACACACCCUGCGGCGCAGAACUGGACGCCAGUCCCUCCGCUUUUAGAGACAUUCGUACACGUCUGAGCGUGGCGCCGUUGCCCCUUCUCUGGAGGGAACGCUGACGUGAGAGGCCUCUCUGUUGUCACCCUGGGAAAUGCUUCACUUCGUUUUCCCCCUUCGAAGUGUGUUCACCCUUACAGCAGUGUUUUGUGAGUGAUUCCAGAUUUCAGCAUUCAGGGAUUAAAAAUAAAAAAAAAAAUCUGUAGCCUG